CGCAUCUGAGACAUUUUAUUUUUGACGCAUAAAACACUGUGACGUAUUUUCUGUUUUCAUAUCGAGAAAAGUACUCUAUUUUCUGCAUGAUGUACUGUAAUGUAUGUUUCCCACACUAUAUUUUGUUAGAAAUCCAGUAACCGUCAAUAUUCACCUGUAAUCUCCACCUUGCCGCCAGCCGAAUCACUACCUCUCUCUAUCUCGCCACAGGAGAUGUCGCCUCCUCUCCUCUAGUACCGCUCCUCCACUCCCGGGCGCCGCACACCAUGUCUGUGCGCCCGCUGGAGGACGUUUGGGAGGUGCGUGGCCUGCCGGUGGUCGGUGACCCCUCUGACCCGGGUCAGGUCACCGCCUCCGGUCCGCGGGCCGUCUCCUCGUCGGACCUCAGAGCCGCUGCCGACGACGGCGGCGGCGUGGUCGGACGGGUGGCCAUCAUCCGAAAACAGAGGUUCGUACGUCUAGAACAGGAGCGUCGUCGUGAGAUGCGCCUGGUCGAGUCGCGCAUCGAACAGGUGGCAGUGGAGGAGGCGCGGCGGAUGACCAAACUGCUGGGGUACGGCGAGGACGAUCUGGUCCGCUGGAAACGCCGGAUCGAGCCGCAGCACUUCAACACGUACUCGGCGGCAGACUUCACCACCCUGAUGGAAGACCUGCACGCUAUCUACCGGGCAAGGCAGGAGAUCAUAGCUGACUGCUUCAGCCGACAGAUGUCGCUAGAGGCGGAGCGCACGGCGCGCCUCCGGGACGUGUUCAAAAAGUACCAUCCGCUCCUGACCAGGGCGUUUCACAAGAUGCCUGCCGAGGUAGAGGAGCAGCUGGAGCUGGAGGCGGUGGCGCUCAACGAGAUGAUCCUCAGUAACCUGCGCCAGUACGCCGAGCUCCGCUUCAACCGGCUCACUGCUGAGGUGGAGGCUAAGCAGAAGCUCAAGAACCUGUGGAAGGUGCGCCGGGACGCCUGGCGGACGCUCAAUAUACUGCAGGCGGAGAAGCGUCUCUCCGAGUACCUGCGGGCGGCCGCCGUGGAGAGUCACGUGGAGGCGUCUCUGGCAGAGCUGGAGACGUGCAUGGACACCGUGUGGCAACACUACCGGGAGCACGUGACCGGACUGCCAGACCUGUUCCUCAAACACGUCACCGACGAGUCGGUGGAUGAGUGGCAGGACCAGGCGUACGAGAUCCUGAACUCUAUGAGCACCAUGGUGACGGCGCACUGCAAGUCGUACCGGCGACUGUACCUCGACCUGGAGAACGCCUGGUACGAGCAGCUCGACAAGGUCGGAGACGACCUGGUGCACAGAGAGGUGACCGACGUGGAGCAGUGGGAGUCGCUGGCCGACCACCACACGGCCACCAUGUUCGGUCCCAUCCGUAGCAAGGUCGAGAACAACGUCACCGCCGCCCAGGAGCGCUGGAGCCAGGUGGUCAAGGCUGCGCCUGGUCAGGUGGACCACCUGUACAACUACAUCGCCUCCUCGUGCGAGGUGUUCUCCCUACACCUGGCCGAGAGGGUCCGAUACGCCAAGAAACUCGAGAUUCAACUGCAGGCGGUGGACUCCCAGCAGGCCGCCAAGGAGGCGCAGCUCGAGCAGAAGAUCCAGAAGUCGGUGGCCAGCAUGCUGGAGGAGAGCAAGGUCGCCAAGGUGCACCAGAUUCAGCAGGCGCUGGCCAAGCAGAUGGCCGCCUUCCUGCCCACAUACGAACAGUUCCAGGAGCGGCGGCUGCAGCUGCUGCUGGCUCACAGCGAGCGCCUGGAGUCGGAGACGCUGCUGGUUCAGGCUAACGUAGCAGAGAAACUGGAGGCCACAAUAACCUCGCCGGAGCCGCCGCCCGAGGAGCCGCCAGAGGACUGUCACCGACUGAUGGGCGCCUGCCGACGUGUGCUGCUGCUACCCUCUGAGCUCACCGAGCUGCAGUCCCUGUCCGCCGCCAACAUUCGCUGGUUCCUCUCCUGGGAGCGGAGGACCCUGGAACAGGACCUCGGCGACUUCCUGCUGGACAAGCUGAAGAAGCUCAAGGCGCUCUUUUACAGCAAGGCUGAUGGGUUGACGGAAAGAACGGCCGAGAUAGAGACUACCAUUCACGACCGCCGCUCGUCAGAGAUCCAGCUGCACCAGCAGAGGGUCGACAGUCACUGCCGGUCCGUGCACGACGAACUAAAGUGGAUCCAGUCGCAGCAGUCGGGUGAAAUGGAGGCGAUCCGUGCGCGGCUGGACGAGGAGCGUGCCUGGCUGGCCGCCCACGAGCUGCGUUCCCGCUCUGCCUCUCGCAGCUACGUCCUGCAGAUGAUGCUGACGCAGAUCGGAGAGCGCGAGGCGCGCUUUGUUGACAGUCUGGUGGAGCGGUCUGCCUCAUUCCGGCAGCGCGUGGAGACGUUCAGUGCCGAUCUGACGGCCAGUACUCGCGCCUUCCUGCACCAGCUGGUGCCGCAGCCGCCGCCCGAGGUGCCCCCGCCGUCCCGGCAGCCGUCAAUGGCCGGCGCCGGCCGCACUGACAGCGUGCGGGUCGCUGUCCUCAGACAGGAGGCGAGAAAGGCGUCUGGUGCGCCGGCGGCCCAGCGGCGAGCUAGUUCCACACGCUCCAGUAAGCUGGCGGUCAGCAGACGAGUCAGCAGACGGAGGAGCAAGGAGGAGGAUAUUGCAGAGGGGGACGAGGCGGGUGCCACACAACCCCAGGUGGGCAACUUCAGCAAUGAGGAGAUCGUCAAGUACAAGGCGACGCUGAAGAAACUGCUGAUGACCAUUGAUCAGACUGGGAAGAUUCAGUGCAAGACGCUGGAACAUAGGAUGGAGCUUUUCUGCGCGGCGCUAGAUGAAGCUAUCAAAAAGGCCGAGGGCAGCAUCCGAGCGCAGAUUGGCGACGUGCAGUUCUCGGAGACCAUGCAGCGCUACUACGUGUCCAUCAACACACUGAUCAAGUCAGAGAUGCACCUGAACCAGGAGGAGACACAGGGGACCAAACAGCUGAUCCGGAACCUGGCUGACAGGCUGGACGAAUACGAGAAGAAAUGGGAGGUAAACAUGCGCAGGGAAAGCCAGCUGAGUGUAUAUUUCCAGCCGACUGCGGCCGUUCAGUGGCAAGAGCACUCUGUGGAGGUCUCCGGGUGUAUCAUGGAGGGCACCUCCGCGCUCGGCCGUGUAGAGGAACUCUUUGAGCAGAUCUGCGCGCGCCACCGGUACCUCUAUUACGCUCAGCUCGAUGGUACGGUGGAUUUCCGCGGGGAUAGUUCAGAGGAGAGCCCUCAGUCGGGCGCGAACUCUGAGGCGGGAGCGGAAGGGCCGGACGGGGAGCCGGCGGCGGCUCAGUCUGGCACAGAGCUUCCACCUGCUGGCGGCUCGGCGGCGGCGGUAGUUCAGGCGCCUGCCGACGGCGGCGCCACCGUGCGUAUGGACGAGACCAUCGCUCGGCAGGCGCUGCAGAGCAGGAAGGGCCGCCGGGGCGCCACUAAAAAGGUCCGCGGGGUGUCGGGACGCCGGGCGGGGUCGACCCGGUCCAGCGCCAGCCGCGGGGCGAGCGGCGGCUCGGAGUCGGCCGGCGGCCCGGCGGACGGAACCGACUCUCCUCCGGCCAGCCCGACUGGCUCCGGCACAGCAGCCACGGCCGAGUCUGGCUACACUGCCGACGUGUCCGCCAGCGCCGAGACAGCCACGGUCACCACAGCGGCUACCUCGAACAAAACAGAGAAACGGCGCUCCGACAAGAAAAAGGCCGCUCAGGGGCUCUCCAAAAUGGAGGAAGCAGAGGUGAUCACGUUCUUAUUCGGUAAUGUCGAACGGCCGACCGACUCCAACAACUUCAUCCAAAAGGUGCAAUGGAAGAUACUGAACGUGCUGCAGGAGACGCGAGAGACGGCCAGCAACUUCUACCUGCAGAAGGGCAGCCGCGCCGUGACACGACCCGACCUCGUGCCAGCCACCUACGACGAGCUUCUGGAGACGCUGUUUGCGCGAUUCCAGGCGUACUACACGGAGAGCGCCCAGUACCAGCUGGCCUGUUUCGCCGAGUUCUGCGACGACUUUGCCGAGUUCGCACGGCAGGCUGCUCGGAUCCCUUGCCUGCUAUUCCGACAUCAGUCGGAGUUGUUCUGUCGUCAGACGGCCGCUGUGACCCGGCGGCGCGUACAGCUUCUGUCCGAGCAGGAGCGGCUGUGGGCCGACACGGCUGCCGACCUGGAGCGCCGGCUGCGGCCCGGUCUCGGCCACCCCAACCAGCACUGUCGGCUGUUCGCGCUGGUCGAGUGGGCUGUGGAACAGAAGGAGGCCCACCUGACUCGGCUGCGGCAGCUGGACGCCGACCGGGCGGCGGCGCGCGACCAGCUACAGGCGGAGUUCGAGCGCAGUGCUGCAUUCGUGGCGGACCGGUGCCGGGCGGCGCUGUUGGCUCUCACAGCCGCCGCCCAUCUCAGUCCGACGGGACUGAAGACACUCACCCGUCUGCUGACUGAGGCCGUAGACCGGCCGAGGGAGGCCUGUCAGCGCGCCUGGGACGCGGAGAGCCGGGACUGUGAGACCGGCUGGGAGCAGGUGCUGCGCGCCGCUGUCACCGCCUGCCAGAGGUGGACGGCCAACUGGUUCAGUGGCGUGGAGGGAGUUCAGGAGCUGUACAGGAUGUGUGAGGUCUGAACACGGUGCCGGAAAUACACCAUAGAGAUGACAUUACGUGAUAUUAAAUCGGCAGGAAUGGAGUGUAGAGGGCUGCUUGAUUCAGUGUCGACGAAUAUUUAUAGCUGCGAUGCCAAUGGCCAAAGCAAGGAUAAACGGAGAAAUAGAUGUGGUCAACUAAUGAAUUGUUUAUUAGGACAUGCUACUGGAACAGUUUGCUUUGGUAAUACAAUUCUUCUUAGCCACGAAUAA